UCUCCCCGCAGCCGGCGGGUCCUGGCAGAACGCGGAGCGGCUGGCGGGGAUAUGGCUACGGUGCGGGAGAAGGCGGCGGCUUUGAGCCUCAGCGCUGUCUGCAGCCCCGCCGCCAGGCCGCCGGGCUUUAGCUUGGCACAGAAACCAUUUGGAGCAACAUACGUCUGGAGCAGCAUUAUCAAUGCACUUCAAACUCAAGUGGAAGUAAAAAAGCGUCGCCAGAACCUGAAAUGCUAUCAUGACUGUUUCAUUGGUUCCGAUGCGGUGGAUGUUGUCUUUGCCCAUCUUCUACAGAACAAGUAUUUUGGGGAUGUUGAUAUUUCUCGUGCUAAAAUAGUGCGCGUAUGUCAAGCACUGAUGGAUUACAAAGUAUUCGAGGCUGUUUCAACUAGAGUCUUUGGAAAAGACAAACGGUCUGUGUUUGAAGACAGUAGCAGUAGCCUUUACCGAUUCACAAAUGUGAACCAAACAGAUCUUGAUAAAGAUUACCAGCAGUGUACACCACAAAGACAUGAGAAGAGCGUGUUGUUUCACCCUACUCCCAUCAAACCAGAAAGCUUGGAGGAUCUCUGGGAAAACCUCAGUUUAAAGCCUGCAAAUACCCCUCAAGUAAACAUCUUUCAUAGUUUAUCCCACCAAGUUAUUAAUGAAGUAUGGCAAGAACAAACAAUUGCUCGCCUGUUGCAGCUGGUAGACCUUCCACUCCUUGAGUCUUUACUUGACCAACAAGAGAUCAGACCUCAGCUUCCGCAGCCAAGGAAGGGAACUGGAUAUGUCAUCACAAGUAACUACCUAGACAGAGAGAUUCUCAAGGCUUUCAGUGACUCACAAACAGAUGAGUGGCUCUCAGCAGCGAUAGAUUGCUUGGAAUAUCUUCCAGAUCAUAUGGUGGUAGACAUUAGCAGGAACUUGCCUGAUCAACCCGAUCAAGCAGACACAUGGAAACUACUGCUGUUUGAAAAUAUUGGUAGAUACUACGGCCAAAAAAAGGAGCCACUGUUAAGCUAUGCAUCUGAAAUUCACUCAGGAAUUGCAGAACUAUUAGUGAAUGGGAAGAUGGAGCAAUCUUUAGAAGCUGUUCAACUCUAUCUGAAAUUACUAGACAGACAAAACAGGGAGGAGUUCAGAAGACUACUGUACUUCAUGGCUGUUGCAGCACAUAAUUCUGAGCUCAAACUACAGAAGGAGAGUGACAACAGGAUGGUUGUGAAAAGAACGUUCUCUAAAGCUAUUAUCAACAAUAAAACCUUAUCCAGAGGGAAGACCGACCUCCUGAUCUUGUUCCUUGUGGAUCACCAAAAAGAUGUGUUAAAGAUCCCAGGGACACUGCAUAAAAUGGUCAGUGAUAAACUGCUGGCUUUGCAGAAAGGCCAAGAUCCCAGUAAGAUAACAGGCUAUACCUUUUGCCAAAAACUUGAUGAAAGAGAGUAUCGCUCCAAUACAGAGAAGACCACAAAAGAUGAGCUAUUAUCUUUAUUGAAAGCUAUUGAUGAAGAUUCAAAGCUCUCUGACAAAGAGAGAAAGAGACUGCUAGAUCAGUUUCAUAGCACUAAUCCAAGUAUUUUUAUGCAGUAUUUUGCAGACAGAGUUACUAAUAUGUGUGUGACUUGAAAAAUAUAUAUUACUUUCUAGCAUUGAAAACACUAAUAUAUUUGUAAAUCUUUUGUAUUUGUGUAUCUAAUAAAAUUAUUUUGUGGAAAUGGAUGGAAUUUUAUACAAUUAUUACCAAAGUCAAUGGUACCCAACUUUAGCCUAUAUUUACAGUUUAGCUUUGUUUAUUCCUAAUUGCUGUAGGGCUAAAAUGAUCCUUCCUCUUCCUCACAUAAACCAAAGUCUAUGGAUUCCUUCUGUUCAAGAUCAGAAUUACUGAGAUGGACAAUGCCUCUUCAUGAGUGAGAUCUGGUUGCUCUUGGCCCACCACUGAAUGUUAUGUUGAACGUUUUUCUAACUGGCCUUGCAUUAUCUGACUCCACCAUGUAGUGUUGAUCUUUGACUUGCUGGGUAGUAGACAAGAGCUGAAUAACGUAUUCUGCUUGAUAUUCCACAGCUUUUCUUCAAGCUUGCCAGUUAACCAUACUGUCUACGUAUAGGAGAAAUUACUAUGUUUAAGCUAAAAUUACACCAUAUUGAGGUACAGCAAGGGAAGAUGACUGCCUUUUCCCAGUUGAAUCCUACUCUGUACCCUGAGAUCCCAUUAACUCUCUGGGGAUGGUAAAGAUAUUCUGGAUGUUUAAGUCGGUCUGGCUGUGGUUGCUACAGAGCCUACAGUUUAUGGCUAGUUAUCUCCAUCCCUGUAGUAUUUUGCUCUGUCUGUAAGUCUUAUUGACGCCACCAGCUGUAAUUAGAAAAGAGCUGGGACAAAUGAAAGGCCUUCUGGAUUUUCUUAUAGCUGUGUAUUUUAUUUGUCUAGUUUACAGUGGCAAUCCCAAGCUGUGCAAUGCUGGCACUUGCAAGCAGGAAAAUAUAUAGUGUGAUGCGAGGUCUAAUUUUGACUCUCCUGGAGUAAUCUUUGGGAUGAUGCCAGCAAAGCUUCAUUAGUCACUGUUGCAAGAAAUCACAAAUUUUGUGCCAUGUGCAGUGUUGUUAGAGCUCAGUUCUUUUACUUGGGGAGAAAAAAGCUAGUUUAAUUGGAAUCAAAGGUAAUUUAACCAUGAAAGCAAAGUUGUAAUAACUUAUGGUGAGCUGUUUUUAAAAAAACAAUCCUAUUUGAGAUACUACUCUGUAAUGUAACUCUUCAGUCAUUAGUGGUGUCUGUUGCCACUUGUUAUUUCUUCUUUGGAGUACUUUCUCAGUGAGAUUACUUGGCAUGCAGUAGGACAAUGUCUUACUGUAUUCUGAUGGCAGACGGAAGACAAUCGUGUAAGAGGCUUAUUCUAGUCAGCUAGAAAGGACUUCUAGAAGAUAAUCAGUUCUUGAAAGCUAAUAGUAUAGAGGGAUGUGUUGGCCUUUUUAGU